CGGUGUUAAAUGCCUUAAAUUAAAGAGUAAGGAUGGUAAAUGAGGAAUGCCACUCGACGUACAAGUUGACCGUAUUGCUCACUUGUUUUGGUGACUUAAAUGAUUGUGGUGUGUGUGUGAGUGCGUGUGUGCUUCUGUGACGGAAUCCCCUUCAGUCUCCAAGAAUCUGCGAGCGACGCGAGGAGGCGCGCGGACCUGUCCACGAGCCCUCACUGCGGAACGCGCGGUUCUGGAGAUUCCAAACAAGCAGUUGGAUGUUUUUUUUGUUGUACGCAGCGUUCGCUAACGUCCUCUCUGUGUGUUGGCUAGUUGUAGACAACAGAAACGUAAAGGGAAUUUAAUUGAGGAAGACAGUGGAUUAAUCAGCAUUUUGGGCGAAUAAUUGGUGGAUUAUAGGAAGCGGCUCCGGGGAUACGGUGGGAUGGAGUAACAGGCUGCAAUGUCAUUCCCAACGAACGGUCAGGAGCGAUGUGUCAGAGAAAUGGGACCAAGUUUGAACACUUUACUUGUUGGUUUGCUGACGCCCUGAGGAGAGCUCGCGAUGUUUACGGAGGCCCCCCUCGCCCGCCAGGACGCUCACACGGCGGCAAAUCUAACAGUUCCACACUCGAGCUCCAAACGGGCAAAAUCCCCGCGACAGCAAAUCUGCCGCAGCCACAUUUUGUGACACCGAAGGUGGUGAGUGUGUGUGCUAUGGGAGGUGUGGGCAGGGUGGGCUGGGUGCUCCUAACCCUCCCAGUCCUCCUGUCCCAGAUCAGCUCGGCCGCCACCCACAAGCCCCCCCUCACUGUGGGCGUGGUUCUGGGACAGACACGCCCUCUCUCCGACCAGGACAUACGCCCCGCCCGUCGCCCUGACCUGGAGGUCAACGUGGUGACCUUGAGGAUCAACGAGACGGACCCCAAGUCUGUCAUCACACAGGUGUGUGAGCUGCUCUCCCGCACUCGUCUCCAUGGGGUGGUGUUUGCUGAUGGCACGGACCAGGAAGCCGUGGCCCAGAUCCUGGACUUCCUGUCUGUCCAGACGCAGCUUCCUGUCCUGGGCGUCUACGGGGGCUCCUCCAUGAUCAUGUCCGACAAGGAUGAGCAGUCGUCGUUCUUCCAGUUUGGUGCGGCGCUGCAGCAGGAGGCGGUGCUGAUGUUGGCCAUCAUGGAGGAGUACGACUGGCACGUGUUCUCCAUCGUCACCUCCAAGUUCCCUGGGUACCAGCACUUCAUCAGCACGCUCAGGGGCUUCGUGGACCACAGCUUUGUGCGCUGGGACCUGCAGAGCGUGGUGACGUUGGAGGCGGUGGACGGUGGAGACAGAGACUCCAAGUCUCACAUCUCCCUGAAGAGGAUCCAGAGCCCGGUCAUCCUGCUGUACUGCUCCAAGGACGAGGCCGGUUACAUACUUGAGGAGGCCCGCUCCCUGGGCUUGACUGGCGCGGGCUACAUCUGGAUCGUACCAAGCGUGACCACGGGGAACCCUGACAUCCUGCCCGAUGCCUUCCCUCUGGGGAUGAUAUCCGUCUCCUAUGACGACGGAGAGUACCCGCUGGAGAUGCGCGUGCGUGACGGCGUGGACAUCAUCUCCAUGGCAGCAUCCGCCAUGCUGCAGGAGAAGGGGGAGGUGCCCGAGGCCCAGUUCAGCUGCUAUGACCAAUCAGAGAAGAGACCCGGGAAGGUCCCGCCCAGCGCGCUGAGGAGACACAUGAUGCACACCUGGAGUGAGGGGCGGGACUUGUCGUUCACGCCAGACGGUUACCAAGCCAACCCCAAACUGGUCGUCAUCGUCCUGAACAAGGACAGGGAGUGGGAGAAGAUGGGCCGCUGGGAGAACGGGACGCUGGCCCUCAUGUUCCCGGUGUGGCCGCGCUACAACUCGUACGGUGACGAGGAUGCUGAUGAGAACCACCUGAGCAUCGUCACCCUGGAGGAGAAGCCCUUCGUCAUCGUGGACAACGUGGACAUCCUGACAGGGACCUGCAUGAGGAACUCUGUACCCUGCCGCAAGCACGUCAAAGACAACACCACCUUGGGAGGCUCCUACAUAAAGCAGUGCUGUAAAGGCUUCUGCAUCGACAUCCUGAAGAAGAUCGCCCGCAACGUCAAGUUCACCUUUGACCUCUACCUGGUGACCAACGGCAAGCACGGCAAGAAGAUCAAUAACGUCUGGAACGGGAUGGUGGGGGAGGUGAUGACUAAGAAAGCAGUGAUGGCUGUGGGGUCAUUGACCAUCAACGAGGAGAGGUCAGAGGUCAUUGACUUCUCCGUGCCCUUCGUGGAGACGGGCAUCAGCGUCAUGGUCUCCCGUAGCAACGGAACUGUCUCGCCCUCUGCCUUCCUGGAACCCUUCAGUGCCUCAGUCUGGGUGAUGAUGUUUGUGAUGCUGCUCCUCGUCACAGCCAUCGCUGUCUUCUUGUUUGAGUUUGUCAGCCCACUGGGCUUCAAUCGCAACUUGGCUCAGGGCAGAGACCCCCACGGUCCCUCCUUCACCAUCGGCAAGGCGGUGUGGCUGCUGUGGGGUCUGGUGUUCAACAACUCCGUCCGUCCAGAACCCAAGGGCACCACCAGUAAGUUCAUCGUGUCGGUGUGGGCCUUCUUCGCCGUCAUCUUCCUGCCUCCUACACGGGCCAACCUGGCCGCCUUUAUGAUCCAGGAGGAGUUUGUGGACCAGGUCACCGGCCUGUCAGACAGAAGUCUUUCUCCUAAAGGCCCAGCUGGUCUCUAUAGCAACGCUGCUGGUCUCCAAGGUUUCCUGUCGUUGUCGGGGCGACACAAGACCCUUCUUAACAAUGCCACUCCGUUUCCGGGACAACAGAACACACCAACAUCCUCUCUCCCUCAGCGACGGGAACCCCAACAAGGCGGACCUCGGCGUUGCCACGCCGACAACGGGGAGCCACGCCCCCCUGGUCUCUCAGGCCCCACCUCCAAACCACGCGCCUUAUGGAAGAAGAGCGUGGAAACUCUGAAGCAGAACCCCGGACCAAUCGCGUCGCCCAUUUCACUGGACCCGCCCCCACGCCGGGGCCUGCACUCUAUGAAAAGCCAGCGCUACCUUCCAGAAGACCCGCCCCGCUCCGACAUCUCCGACUGUUCCAGCCGCCCCGCCUCCCACAAAGACCUUGACCCCGCCCCCGCCUAGAGGGCGGCCUUCAAACCGGCCAAUCAGCUGAAGAAGCGUGGCGGGGGGGGUUAGGGGCCGGCGGGGCAGGGGGGUAGGAGCCAGGAGAAGAUCUACUCCAUCGACUCCGACCAGGGCAGCCUUCUCUCUGCCCCCCUUUACCAGCGAGAAAGCCAGGGAGGGGAGGAGCAUGACCUCUACCCCCCCGGCCACGCCCACCUGGCCGACGCCCACCUGAGCGACGCCCACCUGGGCGACGCCCCCGUCCUGCAGCUCAGCGCAACCCUGCUGCACCACAGCCACAGCGCCGACGCAGAGCUGCACUCCCUCAAGGACAGGAAGUACAGCACCUACACACACACCAGUGCUAAGGAGAAGGCUGCGAGCUCGUUCGAGGCCCCUGGCUCGUCCCGGGGCCCUCACUGCCGCUCCUGCCUGGGGCGUCUGAGCUCCGGGCUGUUCUCGCUCCGCAGCGGCUCCCAGACGCGCUGCGACGCCUGCCUGCACCUCGCCACCCUCUACGACAUCAGCGAGGACCGUCACCACGGCUACCAGCCCCCCCAGGCCGCCCCCGCCCCCACCGACAUGUUCACUCACUUCCUCCCUCAGAGCCAGCUGGGGCCGGUGGGGGAGGGAGACGGCCUGGUCAGCCACUACCUCCCCCCCUCCUCCCCCUCGCAGCGCCUCCCCCGCCAGCCCUCCUACGAGAACCUCCCGGAGUCCCACCCCCGGCAGGGGGGCCGUGGGGGGCGGGGGGAGGAGGAGGGGGAGGGGCCGUACGCCAACGUGCUGACCAUGCGGUCCGAGCGGCCGUACAGCUCCCCCUCUCCCCCCUCUCCCCCCUCUCCCCCCUCCCACCGCAGCCUCCCCCUCCCCCUCCCUCGCCGCUCCAAGAGCCUGUACCCCGACCGGCCAUCCCACAACCCCUUCCUCUCUGCCCCCCAGCCGGUGCAAGGGGGCCGGCUCGUCCACGGGCGCUCCUCCCACGAGAUCUACAGGCCGACGCCCGCCCCCUUCGCGCUCACGCUGGGAAACCACGGUAACCAGCAGCAGCAUCACCACCAUCAGCACCACCUCUUCCUGCAGCAUCAGCAACAACAACAACAACAGCUACAACAGCUACAGCUCCAGCAGCACGAGGCGGCCAUCGUCGCCGCAGCGACGCAGCAGUUCUUCUACCCCCAGGAGAACACCAUGAUGUCAUACGUGGCCCCGCCUCCUCCCGUGACCUCUCAGCAAAUCAGCUACGUGACGGCGCCGAGGGCCUCCAGCGCUGGUGGCAACAGGCCACGCCUCUACCGACGUAUGCCCAGCAUAGAGUCUGAUGUCUGAGUUACACACA